UUCUCAUCCUCUCUUGCAGAUUGGCGAGGAGCUGGAUCUCAACAAAUUUUGCAUGGAUGCGAACCCAACAUCAAACGGGAACUGGUUGAAAUAUAUCCGGGUGGCUCGCUCGAGCGAAGAACAAAACUUAGUGGUGUGUCCCAUUAAUGAACAGAUUUAUUAUAAAGUUAUUAAAGAGAUAGAACCCGGAGAAGAGCUGCUGAUGUAUAUGAAAGAAGGAAAUUUCUCUGCUGGAAACCUGCCGCCUAGUUUGGAAGAGGUUCACACAUUCCGCUGCGAGGACUGUGACGAGCUCUUCCAGUCGAAGACAGAGAUGAGGAGGCACAAGAAAUAUUCCUGCCAUGCUGUCGGCUCUCUGUAUGAGUCCCUGACCGAAGAGAUCAAGCAGGAGGGAGCCGAGGAUGAGCAAGUCCAUGAGUGCAAAGACUGUGAGAGGAUGUUUCCGAACAAGUACAGCUUGGAACAGCACAUGAUCAUCCACACCGAAGAAAGGGAAUACAAAUGUGACCAGUGUCCCAAGGCUUUCAACUGGAAAUCAAACUUGAUCCGUCACCAGAUGUCGCAUGACAGUGGCAAGAGAUUUGAGUGUGAAAACUGUGUGAAGGUUUUCACGGACCCCAGCAACCUCCAAAGGCACAUUCGUUCUCAGCACGUCGGCGCACGGGCGCAUGCUUGUCCAGACUGCGGGAAGACCUUUGCCACUUCUUCUGGCCUCAAACAGCACAAACACAUCCAUAGCACUGUGAAGCCUUUCAUAUGCGAGGUCUGCCACAAAUCCUACACGCAGUUCUCCAACCUCUGCAGACACAAGCGCAUGCAUGCCGACUGCCGGACCCAGAUCAAGUGCAAGGACUGUGGCCAGAUGUUCAGCACCACCUCCUCGCUCAACAAACACCGGCGCUUCUGCGAGGGCAAGAACCAUUACAACCCCGGGGGCCUUUUCGCACCAGGUUUGCCUCUCACGCCCAGUUCCGUGAUGGACAAGUCCAAAACAUCACCGAACCUCAAUCAUGCCGGACUCGGCUUUAGUGAUUACUUCCCCUCCCGGCCACACCCAGGAGGACUUCCGUUCUCACCUGCUCCCCCAGCGUUCCCAGCUCUUGCUCCUGGAUUCCCAGGUAUUUUCCCUCCUUCGUUGUACCCCAGACCCCCUCUCUUACCUCCCACGCCCCUGCUCAAGACCCCCGUCAACCACACGCAAGAGGCCAAACUCCCCAGCCCUCUGGGUCACUCUCCACUCCCUCUGAUGUCCGCCGUUAGCAACAGCAGCCACUCGGCGCCUGGGGAGGAGAGAUUUAACAGCACCAAUCUGGGGAACUCCUACUUGGAAAAGCUCAAAGCCAGGACUAGCGACCUGUCGGACGCAAGUGACUUUGAGGAUGUCAACACAACUACGGGCACCGAUUUGGAGACCACCACCGGGACGGGGUCGGACUUGGAGAGCGACGCUGAGAGUGACCGGGACAAAGUGAAGGAGAAAAACAAACCGGGGGAGAACAAGCCGGAUUUCGGCAGCAGCUCAGUGCCCACGAGUUCUGCCAACAACAUGGGCGACCUCCCCGUCUUCUACUCCCAGCAUUCUUUCUUCCCUCCUCCCGAGGAUCAGCUGCUGCCGAUGGUGGGGGCCGCUAACGACUCCAUAAAGGCCAUCGCUUCCAUUGCAGAAAAAUACUUUGGGCCCGGUUUCAUGGGCAUGCAAGAGAAAAAAAUGGGGACUCUCCCAUAUCAUUCCAUGUUUCCAUUCCAGUUCCUUCCCAACUUCUCCCACUCAGUCUACCCUUUCACGGACCGGACCCUCAACCACAGUUUGCUGGUCAAAGCUGAACCAAAGUCACCCAGGGACCUGCACAAAAUUGGUGGCGCCUGCUCGGAGUCUCCCUUCGACCUUACCACCAAGCCAAAAGAAGUCAAACCAGCACAAGCCCUGCCCCCUCGUCCCGCUGGCGAGGAACAGCCUCUGGAUCUCAGCAUCAGCAGCCGCAUCCGGGCCAGUCAUAACGGGAGUCGGGAUCCCCGGAAGAACCACAUCUAUGGUGAGAGGAAGCUGGUGGCCAGCGACGGGGUCCCCAAGAUGUCUCAAGCUCAGAUGCUUCCACAGCCUUCCUUGCAUUACGCUAAGCCCUCUCCUUUCUUCAUGGACCCCAUAUACAGCAGGGUGGAGAAGCGGAAGGUGGCUGACUCAGUUGGAGCACUAAAGGAGAAAUAUCUGAGGCCUUCACCACUGCUUUUCCAUCCCCAGAUGUCAGCAAUAGAAACCAUGACGGAGAAACUGGAGAGUUUUGCUGCCAUGAAGACGGACGCCGGGGGGGCUUCCUUGCCACCCCUCCCUCACCAUCCUUUCAACUUCCGGUCGCCCCCCCCAACCUUAUCGGAUCCCAUUUUGCGCAAGGGCAAAGAACGUUACACCUGCAGAUACUGUGGUAAGAUCUUUCCGCGUUCAGCAAAUCUGACAAGACAUCUCCGAACACACACAGGGGAACAGCCUUACCGGUGUAAAUAUUGCGACCGGUCCUUCAGCAUUUCAUCCAACCUUCAGCGUCACGUCCGAAACAUCCAUAACAAGGAGAAACCCUUCAAAUGUCAUCUCUGCAAUCGAUGUUUUGGCCAGCAGACGAAUCUGGACCGACACUUGAAAAAACACGAACACGAAAACGUUCCAGUAAGCCAGCAUGCCGGCGUCAUUACAAACCACCUGGGGAACAACACGUCCUCACCAGCCUCCGAAUCAGACCACCAUGCACUUUUAGACGAGAAAGAAGACUCCUAUUUCUCUGAAAUCAGAAACUUUAUUGCAAAUAGCGAGAUGAACCAAUCGACGGCUUUAGCAGAGAAAAGGCCUGAAAUCCAGAACGCCGACGGCAGCGCCCAAGGCCACAGUCUUUCGAAUGACAAAGUCGAAGACGUCGAUGAGGAAGAGGACGAACUGGAAGAGGAAGACGAUGAUAGUCUCACGGGGAAGUCUCAAGACGGGACGGUGUCGCCAACCGCUGAGCCACAAGGAGGGUAUGAGGAUGAGGACGAAGAAGAGGCCGCGUCCCUUACCAUGAGCUUUAACCGCACCCAGAGGUGUAUUGAGGAGAACGAAGCCGGCUUGUUAGAUUUGGAACAGAUGUCGCAGUUUGGGAAGGGGCUGGACCUUCGCAAGGCCUCCGAGGAAGCUUUUGAAGUUAAAGAUGUGUAUAAUUCCACCUUAGACUCGGAGGCACUAAAACAAACUCUGUUCAGGCAGGCUAAAAAUCAGGCUUAUGCAAUGAUGUUGACCCUUACCGAGAACACUCCCUUCCAUCCUUCCUCCCAGAACCCUCUGGAUGCUUGGUUGAACAUGGCUGGAGCCACUUCCGAGCCAGGAACCUUCAACUCCAUCGGCCACCUCUGAGAAGUUCGAGGAGGCGCCCUGCCAGGAUCCCAGCGAGGAGGCCAAGGUGCCACCCGUUGGCCUCUCAGCCCUUCCGACAAGUGGAAGAUUGGCAGAACGACCCUCGGGACACGGCCACUGGCAGGAGAAACCCACCAUGGACAGCUCAUUUCUCGAUUGGUCAACCCCCACCUAGCAGCCCCAGGACCUCACCGUUGUGUAGCGCAUAGUGGGAGCGCAUUGGCUUCCGGUGUGGGAAAUUCCAGGUGCAUUUGUGGGGGACAAUCCCCGUACUAACCCUCUCCAUGUUACAGACCAUGUUGCUGAGCCAUCAAAGAUGCACUUGUACACAGACCCCAACCCUUCUCCCCUCGAAGCCCGUAGGCCCACCUGUCCAGGACUGCUACGAAGACGGUGACCUUCUAGACCAAGAUGUUCGAAUGAAGUCACUGGAGGCCCCCGCGAUGAGGACAAUGUUGACUUUCUCUGCCCUAUGUUGUUCUCCUCACUUUAGGUCCAUGUGCAUUCAUCGUGCCCACCCCGCUUCCUCCAGGGUCUUCCUUUGAACAAUGAAUUCUACAUUUCCUGCGUCCGAUGGACACCUUCCCAAUCUUCAAGUCCACGUUCUUCUUUCACGCCCUGUAACUCUUAUUCCGUGUCUCCCUGGCCUUCAACAGGCCAACUCCCCUCGCUGCUUCCCUUAGGCCCAGCAGCAGUGUUUUCUGAAUUGAGGAACCCCAAAGACGGGGGUAGAAAGGUUAUUUUGGGGGGCCACUACCCCCCCCCCACGUUGUCCUCCAGGUGGGAAAUGGCUUGUAGAUUGGAGGCAAAGAAAGAAUUCGUGUUGCUCCAUUCCAUUCUCUCCGAUUGAUCCCGUUUAAGAGAAGGCAGACUUGGUUUGGGGGGGGGGGGGAGAAACUCAUCAGAUGCCGUGCCAAACAUUUCUCAAAAUGUUCCCCCCACCCCGAAAAAAAGGCUUUGGUUUUCCCCCCUUAUUAUCCGAGGGCUUAAGAACUCCUUUUGAAUUUCUCCAGGAGACGAUCUGGAUCAGGGUGCUGGUGCUGGUCCUAAAUUUUCUUCCCUGUUUUCCCAUCCCUGGCUGUUCAUUCUUCUCCCCCCGCCCCCCUUGAAGAAAGUUCCAGGGGGGAUUAACCCUGAGAAUUUCAGCCAAAAUAAUCAGCAAAUGUUCUGCAAAAAUUCUCUUCUUCUCUGAAAAAAAAAAGAGACCAAAUUGUCUUUCAUCCCACUUAAUAGGAACUAGUAGAGAAACAUACACGGUCGUUUUUCUGCCAUUAAUAAACGGUGGUUCAUUCGAA